CGGAAAACCUUUUCUUUGAGCUCCACCUUCAUUGUUGCUUUAUAGAAUCUUUAAUAACAUGUGGUGAUAUUGUGGCCUUUUUUUUCUUUUUUUCCCUUUUAAUCACUUGUAUUUUCUUACAGGCACGAUAUCCUUUUUUUCUGGGUCGCGAGGAUGGCGAUGAUGGGCAUAGAGUUUACUGGCAAAGCACCAUUUGAUGUAGUAUACCUUCAUGGUCUUGUCAGAGAUGAGCAGGGUCGAAAGAUGUCCAAGACUCUGGGCAAUGUUUUGAACCCAUUGGAUGUGAUUAGUGAAUAUGGAACGGAUGCACUUCGUUUCACCCUUGCAACUGGGACAACUCCCGGUCAG